AUGUACAUCGUACACACCAUUCUACUCUUCCACUGUUGCAUCAACUCUAAGACCGGCGCAGUGGACAACGAUAUCUGCUCCAAAAUGGAGAAAUGGGAACAAGAAGUCAUACUUCGAUUCUGUGAGAAACUAAGCGAGAUGGAGACUACUAUCAAUAAUGUAGACUUAUCUAUCAAAGAAGCUUUCGAUCAGUACAAUAAUUUGCUCAGUGAACGAGAUAAAAAUUCCAACAAAGUUGUUUCAAUGCCGUCUACUGCGCCAAAGUCUGAAUCUGUCGAAACGCCCGACAUGGCUACUGGGAAUUCAACCAAAUCACCUGCACUGAAGUUCAAAUCUUCUGUGACAGUUUUACCUUCUUAUGUCACUGAUUCUUCAUCUUACUCCAAAUCUGACGUCUCUUUUGUAGAAGAUGUAUAUGUUGCUGAUAAUAAAGUCGCAUUGAAUGUUCAAGGCGAUGGAAAAAAUGUUACACAACUGCGUUCUACUGAAUCGAGCCCGCAAUUGUGGCCAUAUCCUAUAGGUUACACGCAUUUUAGUAAGAAAUUAGUAGCUUUGGCUACGAAUAAAUUAGAAUACAAGUUUCAAUCGAUACCGUCAGAGAGCGUGCAUCGAUAUCUCGCCGAGGCUUUCAAAUUGUUUAUCGGUGAUUUGAUAAAAUUGGAAAAAUCAGAUGUGAAUGAACAUAACGAAACUGAUUUGACUGUUAAAAAGAUGAAUAUAGUUAUUGAUGUUGAAAACGACCCUGAUCCAAGACUUAGGCAUGAUACAGAUGAAUCUUAUACUGUUAAAGUGGAAAGCUUACCAAACCAACAAGUAUAUAUCAAGGUUACAUCGCCUUCUUUCGCUGGUGUGAGACAUGGCUUGGAAACUCUAAGCCAGAUGAUUCUACUUGAUCAAUUUACUGGUUAUCUAAUAACGUUAUCUAAUAGUUUGGUAAAAGAUGCCCCAACGUACAAAUAUAGAGGUUUAAUGUUAGAUACUGCUAGGAAUUAUAUACCUGUAGGAGAUAUAAUGAGAACUGUCGAUGCAAUGAGCACUGUGAAAUUGAACACAUUCCACUGGAGAAUUUCCGAUGCGACAAGCUUCCCCUUGUUUUUACCUGAAGUGCCACAGCUAUUUGAAUAUGGAGCAUAUGAUAGAUCAAUGAUUUAUACUAAGCAGAAUAUUGUAUCUGUAGUACGCAGAGCUGGGGUUAGAGGUAUAAGAGUUUUGAUAGAAGUAGCCGUUCCUGGACCAGUAGGCAGAGCUUGGGAAUGGUCCGCUGAUAGGACUUGUCCUAAGAAGACUGAUAAUGUGUCAUGUGAUAAUGUUUUGUGUUUACGAUUGAGAAUGAAGAAAUCAAUUUUUGAUGUCCUUGAAACUAUCUAUAGACAAAUAAUUGAUCUAACUAAAGUUGAUGAUGUGUUUCAUUUGAGUGAUGGAUUGUUUUCUUUGACAAAUUGUUACAAUCUUAUUGAUGAUAGAGAAGGAUUUUUGGAAAAGGCAAUUGUUAGAUUGAGGUCAGCCAAUAAUGGGGUCAUACCUAAAUUGCCUAUUGUAUGGUAUUCGACGCACCUGAUUAAGGAUUCUGAUGGAAUGGCAUGGUAUAGGAGAGGAGUACAAGUUAAUAAAUUGAUUCCAGAUCCCGGAAACCAAUAUCUUGGUAACUUCAGAGUUAUCCAUUCCAGUAGAUGGGACUUAUCUUGUCAAAUGCAAAAAAGUAGAUGUACAAAAUACAGGACAUGGCAAGAAAUGUAUUCAUGGAAGUCUUGGAAGAACGUUGAAGUUUUCUCGAUUGAAGGUGGGGAAGCUAUGCUGUGGACAGACCUCGUAGAUUCAGGUAAUUUGGAUUACCAUCUUUGGCCUCGACUGUGUGCGGUGGCUGAGCGUCUUUGGUCUGAUGCGACAGCAAACGCUAGUGCCAACGCAUACACGUACGCCAGACUCGAUGCUCAUAGGUGAGAACAUUUAUUUACACGACUUACUAAAUGAAAUAAGUCAGAAGGUUUUGGCCAUGGCUCUCUUUUUAGCCAUUUGGAACUUCAAAAUGUUCUAACUAACGCACAGGCAAACAUAUUACUUUAACGUGAUCGGUCUUUAAAAUGUUGCAUUGUAGCAAAACUAACAACGUUAACAUCUAUGGGGUGUUAAAGUUAAGGGAUUGAAUAGACUAAAAUCGAUAAAAUUUAGCUUGAAUCUAAACUUAAUAAUAAUAAUAUUUAUUUCCCAGAAUAUUAUUAUAAGCAGAUGUCAGGAUUAAAAUGUUUAGCAUAUUCUACCGUCAUUGGUGUGGAAAUAUUAAAUCUUAAUUAA